AUGUUGCAAAUCCUUCGAACCUCCCUAUUGACCGCCCUUUUGGCACUUCCAAUUCAAGGCUUUGUGGCUACCUCAAUCACCAGCAGUCAGCUUUCUACAGGACUUCAAGCAUCCACUACUGAUGAUGCCACCUCCACAACCGAUGACUUGCUGAAUCCGAGCUACGAAAUCGCACCUUUAAGCAUUCGAAUUGGACACGGAUUUGAUAUUCAUCGCAUGGCACCUCUAGAAGAAGCUGGCCAACCAGUUGUCAUUGGAGGUGUAGAGAUCACGCAUAAGGACCAGAAGUGGACCGACAAGGACGGUCAAUAUGUACAAGCUGGCGGCAUUUACGAAACCCAACUUGGUCUCAUUGCCCAUUCUGACGGAGAUGUAAUUUACCAUUCCAUUGUCGAUGCCAUUUUUGGAGCCCUCACCUUGCCAGACAUUGGCCAAGUCUUUCAAGACACGGAUCCCCGCUGGAAGGGAUGUGAUUCCUCCAAAUUCAUGGAACAUGCUUACAAAGUGAUGGAUCAGUAUGGUUACCAAUUGGGAAACUGCGAUGUCACCCUCAUUCUGGAACGUCCCAAAGUAGCUGGAUUCAAACCCGCCAUGAAAGAGAACAUUGUCCGAUUACUUCAUACGGAACCCGGUAGGGUCAACAUCAAGGCCCGAACGCAUGAAAAAGUUGACAGUGUAGGAGAAUUGAGGAGCCUGAGCUGUCAUGUUGUCUUGACUUUGGAGCGAAAGCCUGAUGCAGGUGCAGAUGAGGAAGAUUAA